AAACAAGCCAUCUUUCUCAUUCACCGCGUGGAAGCUGGAGGGUAGCAUGGCGGAGGUGGAGGGUUUCAAGAAAAAGCCCAAGAAACGUCGUAGUCAUGUGCUCGGGUCUGAAGAAGUAGCAGAUAUACAACAUGAAGGAGAUUUUCUAAUUCAACCAGAAUCAAAAGUGGCUCAACUGGAUACAUCUCAGUGGCCUCUAUUGUUAAAGAAUUUCGAUAAACUGAAUAUUCGGACGGCUCACUAUACUCCUAUUCCUUCUGGCUCAAAUCCUUUGAAGAGGGACAUUGCAGAAUAUAUUAAGACAGGGUUCAUUAACCUCGAUAAACCAGCUAACCCUUCUUCUCAUGAAGUGGUGGCAUGGAUCAGACGUAUACUACGUGUGGAAAAAACUGGUCAUAGUGGAACGCUGGAUCCGAAAGUGACUGGCUGUCUCAUUGUAUGUAUUGAUCGAGCUACGCGCCUUGUGAAGUCUCAGCAAAGUGCUGGUAAAGAAUACGUUGGCAUUGUAAGGUUGCACAAUGCAUUGGAAAAUGACCUGCAGCUGUCGCGGGCUCUGGAAACUCUCACUGGCGCUCUGUUCCAGCGCCCACCCCUGAUUGCAGCUGUAAAGAGGCAACUUCGAGUAAGAACAAUAUAUGAAAGCAAACUUAUAGAAUAUGAUCCUGAGCGUCGGCUUGGUAUAUUCUGGGUGAGCUGUGAAGCUGGUACCUAUAUCCGCACCUUAUGUGUUCACCUUGGUUUGUUGCUGGGAGUUGGAGGUCAAAUGCAAGAGCUACGCCGUGUUCGUUCAGGAGUCCUGGGAGAAAAGGACAAUCUUGUCACCAUGCAUGAUGUCCUAGAUGCUCAGUGGCAAUUUGACAACAAUAAGGAUGAAACGUACCUCCGUAGAGUGAUCUUCCCACUGGAAAAACUUCUAGUGUCACACAAGAGAUUGGUCAUGAAAGAUAGUGCUGUUAAUGCAAUUUGUUAUGGAGCGAAAAUCAUGCUGCCUGGACUCUUGAGAUAUGAAGAUGGCAUUGAAUUAAAUCAGGAUGUUGUUGUUGUGACAACAAAGGGCGAGGCUAUCUGUAUAGCUACUGCUUUGAUGACCACAGCUGUGAUAUCUACCUGUGACCAUGGCAUUGUUGCAAAAAUAAAGCGUGUUAUUAUGGAAAGGGACACUUACCCCCGUAAGUGGGGUCUUGGACCUAAGGCCAGUCAAAAGAAGAUGAUGAUUCAGAAAGGACUUUUGGACAAGCAUGGCAAACCCAACAACAACACGCCAGAAAGCUGGAAGCAGGGAUACAGGGAUUACAGUGCUCAUCAGAAAGUUCAGCUCCAGGAGGACCAGCUUAAGGGGAAACAAAUGACAGACAUGGACAGUGCAACUCCUGAGGAUUCCAGCCAAAAAAAACGGAAGCGUAUGCUGAGCGAUACUGACAGUGAUUCUGCACAGACUGUAAGCAUUCAGGCAUUGAGUGGUGACGACGCUGUCCAAAAGAAGAAAACAAAGGAUGAAAAAGAAUAUGCAUCAGAGACUACAGAGUUGUCGGGGAAGAAGAAGAAGAAGAAAAAGAAAAUCAAAGAAACGUCUGAUUAAAUCAUCCUUUUACCUAUGUUCAGCUGUAUACUUAUGCUAGAAAAUUUUUAACUGGUGGCCACUUCUGUCUAUUUAGGUCUUGGUGUUUCUGUGAUUAUCCUGUUUUAAGGGUGUUACAGAGAUGCACCAGCUGUGUAAGUUAAGUUCCUUGUGAGGACAGGUUUUUUCUUUUUUAUUAGUGUUGAUCUGAUUUUUCCUGUUUGUCAUUUUGGUAAGGCAAACAGUAGCCCAAUAAAUGAUUUUUCUGCCAUUG